UUACUAGAUGUAGAAGACAAACAUUUUCAGUGCUCUUCAGAAUCUUAAUUUUUCAUCUCUCUGUGGAAGUGACAAAGAAAAUAAUACUUUCCUUGAGCUAGUCAAAUAAAAACAUUACUUUGUUGUCCCGUGGGAAGCAGGCAAAUCAGUGGCUGGGGAUGACUGCCAGGAAUUGUGUGGUUUUCCAGUUUGUCAGGGUUGUUACAGGAAGCUUUUUCACUAAUGGGCAAUAGAAUCUGCACCCAAGGAGAGAAUUCUCUAUCAGUCAACAGCAAUUUGGACCAGACAGGAUGAUAAUCUUCUAUUGAGUAUAUGGUUAUGUCUGUCCCUUCACGUCUUAAGAGAGAUUAAUGCAACUAUAUGCAUGUAUACUCAGUAUUUCGGCUAUUUUUUGAUGACAAAGGAGAUGUGAUCAGCCUCGGUGAUCGACAGCUCACUGUCAUGCAUAUGCCGGGUCAUUCAAGAGGAAGUAUUUGUUUACAUGACCAAGACCGGAAGAUAUUGUUCAGUGGAGAUGUUGUAUAUGAUGGAUCAAUGAUUGACUGGCUUCCCUACAGCAGGAUAAGUGACUAUGUUGCAAGCUGUGAGCGUCUUAUAGAAUUGGUGGACAGAGGUCUUGUAGAGAAGGUGCUUCCAGGGCAUUUUAACACAUUUGGAGCAGAAAGGCUGUAUCGCUUAGCUUCCAACUACAUUGAAAAAGCUGGAGUUUGUCACAAGGUUUCUACCUGUGCCAUGAGAUCCAUUGCAAGUUUAGCUCUUCGUGUAACAAAUUCUAGACUCACUUCUUAGUAGCAGUUCAUUUUGUUGAUCUAACAAACUAUUGAAACCAAAAUGGCUUUUGAAAGUUAGUAUUGACAACAAAUGAGCAGUGUGCAAUAUUAAAGAAAAGUCAUGCUGAUAAUGAACGAGCCAUAAAUAGUCUUAUUUUUGCCUACUUUAUUUCUAUUAUAAAAAAAAUUAACAAACUAGUAGUUUUUACCAAAGCUACCAUCUUUUAUUUCUAUUUUUUCAGGGCAUGUUUGCACAUGGAUUAUUAUGAAUGCCAUUUGACUGCAGUUUGAAAUAUUUUAUUUUUUAUAUGAUUCUGAUAUGCCAAAACAAAAGGUUUUUCAUUCAUGCCUGAAACCCAACUUCUUUCAUGUGGUGUUUGGUUACAUGUUGAAUUGUAGUUGAAGUAUUUUUAAAUGACUGGAAUGUAUUUAAACUCUUAAUGCUCUCUUUGAAAAGAGCACUGUAACAUUCCAUUGUUAUAGGUACUGGAUGUGUAAUCCAGUGUGUUUAACGUUUUACCUGUGAAAGUGACUGUAACUUAGUGUUGAUUGUUUGUUUAUUAGAAUGCUUCGGUAUCUAUUGUUUUUUGGAAAAGUAAGAGCAUUGCAUUUGAGUCUCUUGUUCCAGACCCAGAUAAAAUGCAUUGAUGAAAAAUGGUAAAAUAUAUUGUUAGUUGCUUAUUAAAAUUGAAAUGUGUGCUAUUUUAAAAAUUGUUUAAAUAAAGUUUAUAUGUGCAUAAUUACUUAAAAGAUUUAUAUUUAAUAUACAUGUAUCUUCUUCGAAAGGACACUGUCUGAUAAUUUUACAUAUAAAUCUUACUCUCCUGAAAUAAUUGGCUCUACUCUGUUAAAUUUUGUUUUUCUAUUUUAGCUAAUUUCAUUCAUUCACUAUAAGUGGGUUGAAAUUCACCUGCUUUGUUUGAGAAUUCCUUUCAUAAAGAGAUGUUUUUCUCUUUGUUCAUAACAAAUUGUAUUUUGUGCUCUAUUCAGAAAGUACCUAUAACCUUCUCAUUUUACAUAAAUUCUGGCAGAAAGAAUAGCCUCCUUGGAAACAAAUUAUCAAAUAACCAGUAUUGUUCUCCAAGAAUUGUGCUAUAUUGAGUAUCUUAGGUAAAUCAUUGCUUCCUUUUAUGGCUCAUUGUACCAAAUGUGUUUAUUUUAUAUAUCCUUUACCAAAAGCAGUACUUGAAAGACAAACAAAUGUGUGAUACAGCAUAGAUAUGUGAGCAGGGUAAAUCAAACAGAUGUUUGGCUAGUCAGAGCACGUUAAUUAUUAUAGCAUGACUUGGGUUUUUUUUCUGUGGCAAUGCAAAUACUUUGAUAUGAUUAUGGUGGAGUUAUUUCAUUUGGUUGAUAAUUUUGUUUUGUAGCUUAGUCUAGGAAGAACUAUUUAACUUGAUCUAUAUGUUCCUUCCUUGAGCAGGAAAAGAAAGGCAAAACCUGGGAGGUAGGGGGAGACAUUAGGUAAAGGGCCACAAAGCAUGCUUUUCUUCCAGGUCUGAUAUUACUGAUAACUGCAUUGCACUCCAAAUAUUCUGAAAAGUUGGAACGAUUGGCAGUCUGAGACCCAUUGCGGGAAGCAGCAAAUUCAGAAUGCCUGAAGAAGAAUAGUGUGGCUGCCACAGUUUGCUCUAAAUUAUCUGGACAAGUUACUGCUUCUAUUAGAAUGGGAGACUUGUGAACUUUGUGAUUCAGUAGCUACCAAGAAAAGCUGUCCAAAACUGUUCAAGUCAGAAUUUGUAUCCUGGCAUCAACUACUUCAGAGCUACAGGAUUCUCAAAUCCUGACACAGGCAAAGUGCCCAGUAAAGUCAAUGAGCAUAUAUUGCAAUCAGUAACAGUCAAGUUCUUCCUAACUAAGCUAAUGGGACUUUUACCUAACCAGAAACACAGCUUCAGAAUAUAAAAGCAGAUUCAGAAUGGACUUUAUUAGUAAACUGCUGCUCCAGAAUGAGUAGAAAGUGAUGCUUUGGGCCUGAAAGUCCUUAUUUUUAUAUUACAAGAAAUAGAACACUAAGCAAAUAGUCUAGAUAUAAAAUAUGUGGAGGAUUUCCCUCUCAGACAGUUUUUUAAAGAAAUGGUCAGAUUUUAACCGUAAGAGUUUGACAGUGUCCCUUUAAUACUACUUUGAAUAUUUAAAUUUUAUGUUAAACGCUCCAAUUUUUCAAUAUUUAUGCUUGUGUUGACUUAUUAUUUGUAAGAACUCUAAGAUGUUGGUUGUGUUAAUUCAGUUGUUUUUAGUAGUUUAAAGAAUUUUAUGAUGAAUUAUGAAGAUCAAAAAAUUAAAGAAUUGGUCUGUCAUUUAUCAAGACUUUAGUGAUAUGUCACAGUUUUCAAGGAAAAAAAAAUAUUGCAUCAUUUUGCCAUGGAUACUUAUAAUAAAAGUUAUACUCCUAA